AUGAGAAAUAUCUAUUAAUUUUAUGAACUCAAAAAAAAGGAGUACUUAAAAAAUGUGUUUGAUUAACAUAUUCUAAAAGAAUAAAGAAAUAAUAAAUAUGAACUUAGUAGUAUCUUAUUAUAGCCAACAUUUUAAUAUCUUAUGUCUUCUUUACCUUCUAAUAUUUAACUCUCCUAAUUAAAUUAUCAAAAGUAUAGAUCCACAUCUACCAGUCUUUAUCAAUGUAAAUUACUUCCAAGUCCUAGUUUUGGAGAUUAUAGUAAAUUUGAUUGA